AACACGGCCCAGUUCCUCAUUUGAAAUGAGGGGGGCUUGCGCUGCCCCCUCCUCGACCCCCCUUCUCGCGCCCACCCCCGGCAGGCACCACCGAUUGUUGACAAAGACACCGCGAGACGGAGAAGAGAGCCUUGUUUUUUAGCAUUACGCCAUCGGAGGACUACCGAUUAACCGUCCGUUGACGGAGAACGGGGAAGCAGCGCGAACGUCUUGAAAACCAACCGUGAGUCACAAUUAACCGAUUUCUGUGUGUCGGUGCAUGGCAGAUUUCAUUUAGCCAGCCCAGGCAGUUGGCCACCUCCGUCGGCUCAUUUCAUACCUCUCUCCCUCUAUCUCCCUCCCUCCUGGUGUGACCAUUGUCAUAUUAUGCUAAUGUAUACCCGUUAACCCGCGAGACCUGCUCCGUUAUGACAGCUUUCUGUCUUUUUUUUCUUUGUGUCUGUCUGUGUGGUUCUCUCCCCCCUCCUUUUGCGACCAACCCGAAGGUGUGGCCGGCUCGAGGCGAUUCGUAAUCGUUACCUAGUGGUCGGACCGCAGACCUCGGCGCGUGAAGAAGAGGACACCCCGGUAACCAAAGCCACCUUUACCUACCCACACCGACAGAAUGAUCACGGCGGGUCGGGAUGGGUUGGUGUCGGUGUGAUUAACGUGUCUCAAGGAGUCUUCCGUACCUAGAAGAACCAGGAGGCCGGGAUCCAGGCGAGGUCUGGCGGGCAUGGUGUGAUCUGAGUCGGGCAGCCAGUCUGGAUCUGACCGGUGACCACCCGUCCUUUCCCCGGAGCCUGUGUGGCCCCAAGCCGCGUCCAGAGCACUCCAAGAUGGGGAAUUGUGACGGGAGAUGCACGCUGGUGGCGAUAUGUUCACUGCAGCUGGUGAGUGUGUUGGGGUGAGGUGAAAUGUGAUUGGGAGAAUGAGAAAAGGUGUUGUUGAUCAUAUUUUCACUUUAUAUUUUCACUCUCUAUCCCUGUUCCUUUCUCUUUCACUCAAUGAACCUGUGUGUGUGUCUGAGAGAGAUGGUCUGACUGACUGAAAAGCAUUUCAAACUACUAACUGUGUGUGUCAUAUUAUUGGCAACCACACGGUGUGUGUGUGUGGUGAUCACUGUAUUCUGGGAGACCACGUGAAAAGGAACCCUUCAGCUUUUGAAAGUAACAGCAGGAAAACAAGGGAGCUCUUAUUUUCCUCUCCACAUCUGCUAUCCCUCUCUCCUUUCCUCCUGCUCUAUAUCCCUCUGUCUCAACUUACAUUUUCAUUUUUUAUUUUCUGACAGGAAUAAUGUGUGUGUGGGGGUGUGCUAUUGUUGCUGUAUGUGUGUGUUCAUUUUUUGGUGAUAUAUUGUGACAGUGGGCUCUUGGGAAUGCAGCUUAUUUUCAGUAGUUUAGGGAGUUUAUUAGUGUGUGUGUGUGUGAUGUAGUCCCUCAGUUGGUGCUCCUGGCAGUUUCCAUGGAAACAACUGGCAGACUGUGUGGUGUGUGUGUGUGUGAGAGAGAAAGACAGUUGUUUCCUUAUCUGUGUGUUUGCGUGUGAAACUGUAACAAUGUAAUACCAUGCCAAUCCUCUAGAAGUACCAGUGGACUCAUUUAGAAAAAAUAUAUGUGUGUGUGUGUAGAUGGCAGCACUACAGAGACAGGUGUUUGACUUCCUGGGCUACCAGUGGGCUCCUAUCCUGGCCAACUUCCUCCACAUCAUGGCCGUCAUACUGGGGAUCUUUGGAACCGUGCAGUUCAGAUCCCGCUACCUCAUACUGGUGAGACAUACAUACACUAUAUAUACAAAAGUAUGUGGACACCCCUUAAAAUGAGGGAUUUCGCUAUUUCAGCCACACCCGUUGCUGACAGGUUAAAAAAUCGAGCACACAGCUAUGCAAUCUUCAUAGACAAACAUUGGCAGUAGAAUGGCCUCACUGAAGAGCUCAGUGUGAAGUGGAAACGUCUAGGAGCAACAACGGCUCAGCCACGAAGUGGUAGACCACACAAGCUCACAGAACGUGACCGCCAAGUGCUGAAGCGCGUAGCGCGUAAGAAUCGUUUGUCCUCGGUUGCAGCACUCACUACCGAGUUCCAAACUGCCUCUGGAAGCAACGUCAGCACAAUAACUGUUAGUCGGGAGCUUCAUGAAAUGGGUUUCCAUGGCCGAGCAGCCGCACACAAGCCUAAGAUCACCAUGCACAUGCUAAGCAUCGGCUGGAGUGGUGUAAAGCUUGCCGCCAUUGGACUCUGGAACAGUGGAAACGUGAUCUCUGGAGUGAUGAAUCACGCUUCAUCUGGCAGUCCGACUGAAAAAUCUGGGUUUGGCGGAUGCCAGGAGAACCCUACCUGCCCGAAAUGCGUAGUGCCAACUGUAAAGUUUGGUGGAGGAGGAAUAAUGGUCUAGGGCUGUUUUUCAUGAUUCGGGCUAGGCCCCUUAGUUCCAGUGAAGGGAAAUGUUAACUCUACAGCAUACACUGACAUUCUAGACGAUUCUGUGCUUCCAACUUUGUGGCAACAGUUUGGGGAAGGCCCUUUUCUGUUUCAGUAUGACAAUGCUCCCCGUGCACAAAGCGAGGUCCAUACAGAAAUGGUUUGUCGAGAUCGGAAGAACUUGACUGGCCUGCACAGAACCCUGACCUCAACACCAUUGAACACCUUUGGGAUGAAGCUGUUAUAGCAGCAAAGGGGGGGAACAACUCCAUAUUAAUGCCCAUGAUUUUGGAAUGAGAUGUUUGACGAGCAGGUGUCCACAUACUUUUGGUCAUGUAGUGUGUAUAUAUAACACACACACUAACCCCUUUUUUGUCUCUGUGUCUGUCAGUAUGCAGUGUGGUUGGUGCUGUGGGUGGGAUGGAACUCCUUCAUCAUCUGUUUCUACCUGGAGGUGGGACACUUGUCACAGGUAAGAGAUGUGUGUUUGUUUAUAACAUGUUGAUUAAUAUGUGUUUAUGUAUUUAAAAUGUGUUUAUAACAUUUGUUUUUAUAAUGUGUUUUAAAAUGUAUAUAUGUGUGUAGGACAGGGACUUCCUGAUGACUUUCAACACGUCGCUGCAUCGGUCCUGGUGGAUGGAGCAUGGCCCUGGUUGCCUAGUAACGCCGGUGUUGGACUCCCGCAUCGCCCCUGAUGACCACCAUGUCAUCACCGUCUCCGGCUGUCUCCUUGACUACCAGUACAUUGAGGUGUUGAGCUCCGCACUACAGGUCUUACUGGCUGUGAGUAUCUCACACACACACAAACACACACCCACACACCAUGAUACUAACCUUAUCCUGUCUAUCUGUCCCUCAGCUCUUUGGCAUUGUGUAUGCCUGCUACGUGAGCAAAGUCUUCCAGGAUGACGAGGAUAGCUGUGAGUGUUGCUCACCUUUAUUCUGUCUGUCUCAGUGUUCCGUCUGUCUGGGUGUUCCGUCUGUCUGGGUGUUCCGUCUGUCUGGGUGUUCCGUCUGUCUUAGUGUUCCAUCAGUCUUUGGUCUGUCGGAGUGUUCCGUCAGCCUCAGUGUUUCGACUGCAUCUGAGUGCUCUGUCUGCUUCUGAUCUCUCUCCCUCUCUCAGUUGAUUUCAUUGGUGGCUUUGACUCUUAUGGUUACCAGCCUCCUCAGAAGACCUCCCACCUUCAACUGCAGCCCCUCUACACGUAGGUAACCCCAGACCUCUAACCUUUCAACCUUAACCUCGCGGUGAACCCUAACCAUUAGGGAGGGAAUUGGUUCAACAAAAGAUAUCUACUUUUUAGUGUGACCUGUGUUUUCCUUGGAACUGUAUAUCAUUCUCUCUCUUUCAGGGCUGGGUAGGUGAAGGUGGCGCCCCUAUCAGUCAACACCUCAGCGGGAAAGCUGAGUCACCAUGGGAACAGAACAUUCACUCUGUGUGUCACAGUUUUACUGAACGAUAGACUCACCUGAGUGUGUAUGUGAAACCGUGUGUGUAUGUGUUAACUGAGCGUAAACUGACUGAC